GGAGGGGCAGCAGCAGUAGUAAACUCUCACACCAAAGAAGUGCCGGAUUUUUGUCAGACUCCUCUCCUUCUCCUCCCUCUGUAUCCCAUACAGCCUCUCCUCUCCUCUCCUCUUCUUUCCUCCCUUGCUGCAGUUUCCAUUUCAAAUCCCCACCCUCACCAUCAACUUCUCGCAGAAUUCCGAGACCAUCCGCCAUUACCCCCGAGCCGGGCUCCGCGGCAAUCUUGGGUUUCUUGACCGAAACCCUGGCGGUGGAAGAUGGAUGUUGACAAGGACAAAGGGAAUGAGAAGGUGCAUUUCAGGGAUUCCUCGUCGCAGGAGACUCUGCGAACCUACAAGAGGCGCCGGCAACCAGAGCCGGAGCCGCAGCAUCAGCCACAGCCGCAGCCAGAGCCGGAACCACAGCAACAGCAACAGCAGCAUCCAGAGCUAGAGCCCAAGACUGAAGAUGUGCCAGCACAGCAGGUGACUGAAACUUUUUGGAAAAGCAGAGACAUUGGAUGGAAGCAUGGCAUAAUGAUCGACGAGAACAGACAACACUGGAAGUGCAUGUAUUGUCACCUGACUAGAUAUGGUGGUGGUGUCUCUAGACUUAAGAGACAUCUUGCUGGUGAUCUGGAUGUCAAAAUGUGCCCGAAAGUUCCAGCAGAUGUCUCUGAAAAAAUAAGGGAGCAUUUGCGGAAGAAAAGAGAAAGGCGAAAGAAGCGGGCUGCACAAAAUGGUGAUAACCAUGUGACAUCUAAGAGCACCUGUGAUGAUAUCAAGGCUGGGAAAGAUCCUUUACCUGUUGAUUCAGAGUUGCUGACUGGAGAAGACACUGUUCUUGAAGAAGUUACUAACCAAACGAACCAUGAUAAUCAGGAUCCUAAUUACCCCAGGUCUACCAUGUUGUUACGAGGGAUAAGAGAUAUUGGGUGGGAGCAUGCGGUGGAUCUUGAUGGAAAUAAAAGACGAUGGCAGUGUAGGUGGUGUCAUUUAUGUCGAAGUGGUGGUGUAACUACAUUGAAGGCCCAUCUUACUGAUAAUAGCUGCCCAAGUAUUCCAAAGGAAAUAUCAAAAAAAGUAUUGAACUUUAUUGAAGAGAAAAGGGCAGCACGUCAUCUUUUUAAUAGCAAUACAAGGUCUCCUUUUAAUGUCAAAUCUGAUGAGGAUAUAAUUAAUGUUUCACAAAUGCAAGUGGAAGGUACUCUACCAUUGGCAGAUGAUCAACAACCUUCAAGAAAAACUAUUCAUGUACAAACAUCAGAGAAGCGCACCAUUAAUGAGGUGGCAUCUGGAAGCAACCAACAAGGUGCCGGACAUAGUGGCCAACUAAUUGACCAUUGUGAACAGUUGAUGAAAGACAGUGAUCGACCUGAGGAGCACUGCACAUUGGAACAUGGAUGGUGCGAAGUACUUGACAAUAAUAAGCACAAUAUUAUGGACAAUAAAACUGAUAAUUCAGAACACAAAGAGGUCUCGACACACCCUAAGAGAACUAGGUUUAACAUAAGGAAGCAUAUAGUUAUCGUUGACGAAACUGCAAGGCAUUGGAGGUGUAGAUAUUGUGGUAUGGAUGGGUUUGGCAAAACGUCUAGGCUCCAUUUUCAUCUUGCUGGAGUGUUUCGACAUGCUAAGUGCCCAAGUGUUCCUAAACAAGUUUUUGCAAAGGCACGUCAUCAUAUUCAUUUAAAGAGAAGAUUGAACAUGAAAAAGACCAGGCAACAAAUUCUUGGGCAAUCGAGUGAGCAACAGCAGAACAGCAAUCCAGUAUCAGACAAUCGUUAUCUACCAUCAACAAACAAUGAUUGCAGAGGGGUACUUUCCAAUUGCCCAACAAGAUUGAGGGAAAACGCAUGGGAACAUUCACUUAUUCAUGACAGAGAAAAGGGCCAUUGGAAGUGCAAGUGGUGCAGUUUAGAGGGUUACCAUGGCAUAACUAGAUUGAAGUGGCAUCUUGUUGGGUGGCAGAAUCGUCCUCGAUGCCACAAUGUUCCUGAUGAUGUUGCUAAAACCAUUCGGGAUAAAAUGGUAUCAAGAGAGAAGCAGAAAACAGGAAUAUCAGAUCUUGAUGUUAUUGACAGUUCCAACAUGCCAUGUUCUUCUAAGAGUUCACAGUUUGGUCAUUUCACUAUGGUAAUGCAGGAAAAAAGUUCUGAAGAUUUUAGUCAAGCUGAAAGAAAUUCAAAUACAUUGAACUCAGUAUGCAAUAUUACUCGUCCACCACAUAACAGCAAUAAUCCUCAGGAACUACAAGAAAAUGGAUUAUAUAGUAGCAAAAGCAAAUCCGAGAAGCAGACUGAAAGAAAUGACUUCUGGAGUCACUGGCGAUAUGUUUUGGAUGGACUGAUGCAUUUGCCAGGUGCACUAGAGGGUCCUGGCAUUCAUAGUUGCAUCCGUGAUGUCCUUCUUUAUGGUUCUGCUGAAUUUGGAACUGUCGAGGACAAAGCAGAAAUAGAUUCCAACAGAGCAGUGUCAAGUGAUGGGAAUAAUGCUAAGUGUCAAAGUGUUCUUGUGGAUGUUUUAAGGUCAGAGAAUUUUGCCUUAUUGUGCAAUGUGCUUGGCAAAACUGUCCAUCAAGAUGAGGGAAGGACUAGGUAUUUUGAUUUUAGCAUGAUUGACUCAAGGAUGAAAAAUGGAGAUUAUGGCCGUUCACCUUUAUUAUUCAAACGUGAUCUGAAACUGUUAUGGGAAGAUCUUAAAAUGGCUGGUCAAGAUAUCAUUGACCUAGCAAAUAGUCUUUCAAGCCUCACAGAAGCGUCCUACACAAAGCAGGUUGAAGGAGAGAGAGGAUCAAAUGAUAGUGAAGAGAAUGUGAAGGGAGCUGUGGCAACCUGUUCUGAACCCAUUACCAUGGUCCAGCCAAAUGCAUUGGUAAUUUCAACCUCACAGGGCUUCAACCAGUUAGAUCAACCUGAUGCAAUGAAUGCUAAUGAUGUACAAAACGGUACUACCUGCAAUGAAUGUGGCAAAGUAGCAAAAGGUGAUAGCAUCCUUACCUGCAAGAGAUGCAUGCUAGCAUUCCACAUCUUAUGCAUUGAACCUUCUGUUUCAUCUACUUCAACUGGAAGCUGGUAUUGUAAAAGCUGCUGCCCUAUCCAUAACGUAUCAGCUGAAGGUGACAUGGCCUUGGCCCACUAUGAACCUAAUUGUUUCCAUGGAAAUUGCAUUAUAUGCAAGGACCUUGAGGUUUGUAGGCCUCCAGGGUGUGAGGAAACUACCAGUAAAGGGACACAUGUUGAUAACUCCAGAGCAAUUGUGAUUUCCAGUGGAGAGCUUGCUGAGGAUGUGGAAUUGCCAGGUAUUGAUGUCGAGGACCUAUGCAAGGUGUGUGGAAACCCUGAGGAGAAGGACAAGAGAUUCUUGAUAUGUGGCCACACCCAUUGUCUAUACAAGUACUACCACAUUCGUUGCCUGAAGACGAACCAGAUCGCUAGUGAUGCGCAGCUGGACAAGCCCUGCUGGUACUGCCCAUCGUGCCUUUGCCGCGUUUGUCAUUCUGACAGAGAUGAUGACCUGACCAUCCUGUGCGAUGGCUGCGAUGAAGCUUACCAUCUCUACUGCAUAACGCCGCGUCGCUCCUCAAUUCCCAAGGGGAAAUGGUAUUGCUCAUCUUGUGCGGUAGAGAGAGCGAAGGAGGGGAUGGCGCGGCAUGAGAAAAGGAUGCUGAAACUCCAUAGGAAGGAUGAUCCUGGGCUGCAAGGUAUGAGGUAUGAAGUCGUGGACAUGAUACUUGCUGCUGCAAAGAUGCUGAGCGAAGAUGAGCAGCAGGGGACCUGAAUCAUCUUUUCUUUUUCCUGAUCAAAACAGAACCAUUUAGGAAGUUGAACCGGCCAUAUUUCUUUUUCCUUCUUUUUUUCAUGCUUCACCUCCAUUUAGGUUAUACUUAAUUAAAGUUAAACAACCUGUCGUCGUCGGAAGUCAAGGGAGCUGAGUUGAGUACUCAGGUUGAAUAUUGUUGUCUGAGGAAUGGUGUAGCAACUGUUGCUAUCUUGUUUACCUCUGGGUGCAAUUUUGUGGACAGCCUCCAAAUUGAAAGUGAAAAAACACACAAGAGGUUUUUCACCAAGU